UGACAUCGACAGAUCACAUGGCGGCGGCGGUAACUUCGGAGUCGUCUCAAGGCAACACCGAGUCUAUUCUAAUAGCUACAAGCGACUUCCAGGCUGCGGAUGACAAUCAGCUUUCGUUCAAGCGUGGUGAUCGUUUUGUUGUGAUCAGUGCGUCAUCCGAGCACUGGUGGUGGUGUGAGGCUCGAGGGAAAGGCGAGAAAGGCUACGUGCCUGUCAAUCACGUUGUCACUCAUGAUCGCUGGCUGGAGGAAGAGGCUGAACGAUGGCAGGAUGAUGAGUACUUCGAUAGUUAUGGACACUUGAAAUUGCAUUUGGAGAUGUUGGAUGACCAGGCGAGAACAAACGCGUAUUUACAAGCGGUUCGAUUAGGAGCAGGAUUUUUAAAAGAUAAGGUCGUAUUAGAUGUUGGAUGUGGAACUGGCAUACUUAGCAUGUUCUGUGCUCAUUCAGGCAAUGCGCGAAAAGUUUAUGCUGUUGAAGCUAGUGAGAUGGCCAAUCACACGGAGAAGGUGGUACGAUGUAACGGUUUGGAAGGCAAAGUGCAGGUCAUAAAGGGUAAAAUAGAGGAUAUAGUGCUACCUGAAAAAGUUGACGUUAUUGUUUCUGAGUGGAUGGGAACUUUGCUGUUGUUUGAACUGAUGUUAGAGUCUGUGCUGAAAGCACGCAACAGAUUUCUAAAACAGGGUGGUGUUAUGUGGCCAUCAGAAGCAUCUCUGUUUCUUGUACCGUGCUCAGCACAGUUUGAAUAUGACAGAAAGCUAGCAUUCUGGGAACAUCAAUAUGGGUUUGACUUUAGCCCUCUAAUACCUUUAGCCAAGCAGCACUUCUUCAGUAAGCCCGUAUAUAAUCACAAAUUGUCAAAUGAAGACUGUUUGUCAGAGGCGCAGCGUAUAGUCACUUUAGAUCUUGCAACUGUAAAAGAGAGUGAGAUAGAGUGUGUUUCGUGUUCGUAUUCAUUCUUAGUGAAGCGUUCAGGUUGUUUUCAUGGGUUUGCCUCAUGGUUUGAAGUAGUUUUUGGCGGAUUCGAUCUUCCCAUGGGAGAGGAACAUAUAAAGCUCUGCACUGGACCGGAUAAUCAGCCAACUCAUUGGAAUCAGGAUUUUUUCAUGUUGGAUGAUUCGAUGACACUGGAAGAACAUGAUGAAAUUUUAGGAAUUAUUGUUAUUAAACGAAAUCCUUACUGGAGAAGACAUUUGAAGGUAACAUUUGAGUGGAGCGUGAAGAAAAGAGGUGGCCUUACUGUGAUUCCGAAAGUCAGCAAGGAGUUUCUACUUUGGCGCUGAGUAGUACACUACUGAUUAUUGUAUUCUAGCCUACAGCUCAGUUAUUAUUUGAUAGUGCAAAAUUAUUGAGUAUUUUUGAUACGGUAAUUACCUCUCUGAAUAUUAAUGCUUACAAGCGUUUAUUACAAUAGUCAGGAAAAGUGAUUCUGAAAAUUGAA